GAGAGAGCUGGUUCCAUUGGACUGCACUGAGCUCUGCGCUUCCUGUCUCGAUGGCGGCCACUGGGAGGGUGAGCAGAAGGAAGACGGGCUCGAACGAUGAUCUCGUGGAGCUUCCCCCACCAUCUGUGAGGCUCAAGCGGCCGACUCGCAGAAAACCGGCGGCAGAAGAUCUCGCCGCUGAUGUGCUCACUCCCGAGGAAGAAUAUCUCCUCAAGGUCUUGCGACGGUGCAGCAGCAGCACGAGCACCACAACCGCAACAGCGGCGUCUCCAGCAGCAUCGAACAACCAGAAGCUGCAGCAGCAGCCGACGACGUCCAGGCGCUCCCCGAGCCCACCGGUGCCCAAGGCCUCUCCUCCCCUCUCCAAAGGGACCCCUGUUGCUACCGCUGCCGCUGCCGCCGCCGGAGAUGGAAAGCCAGGGAUAGCCGCAGCGACGGUGCCGCAGGCCGAGGAGAAGCCCGGGCCUGCACCGACGGAUGCUGUGAGCAGGGCGAAGAUGAUCUUGGAGAAGAAAAGGAAGGCCGCCGCCAGGUUCGGAUCCGGGGCGUCCUCCGGGGCGGCGGGCGUGCUGAGGAAGGCCAAGAUCACCAAGGCUACCGGGACCCCGUCUUCUAAUCCCCGACUGGAUCCCAUUAAGUACCCGGCCUCUGGCCUACUGCUGAGAGACGAGUACCGGACCUUCGCAGAAAUCGAAAAGGACGGAGAGCGUGUCUACGAGCCGCUAGACCCGCUCGUUCGGCUGCUCAAGAACUUCGGUAUCGCCGACAGCAACAGCGGUGCCGAUGGCGUCGCGAAGAAACAGUUCCACGAGACGUUGGUCAUGCGCGCGACGAUUCCGGCGCACAGCACGUCGUGGGCCAUCAACAUCUGUCCCAAGGACCACAAAGACUUCGAGGAGAUCUUGUUCCAUUUCAACCCCCGCCGGAGAUUCGUGGCGAUGAACAACCGGGAGGGUAACAUCUGGGGGCAGCAGGAAAAGCACAUGCUCUCCACAAGAUGGCCAGAGGUGUUCAACGUUUCUAUCAACGUUGCGGUUCAGAUUGACGCGGCGGGAUUCCAUGUCGCUGUGGACGGUAAAUACUGCGCAACUUUUGCCCACAGAACGAAGGUGCCCCCGAGCGGUGAAGAGCUAGUCCUUCAAGUUAUGACUAGAGACGACUACGACACCAACCUGCGGCUUGUCGUGCAUGAGAUUUGGUGGGGACACAAGGACACCAUGCCUGGCCUGCCGGGACGAGACAAAGAGCCCAAUAGGCGAACGGCAGAGAAUUGGCGCGGCAGCAACAGCAACGACGCGUUUGUGGACCUGCACGCAGCGGGACUACCUCCGAUGCCCACAUCAGACCUGGAAGAGUCGGUCCGCAAGAGACUGAUCGAUAUGUUCCAGCCCUACGGGGCGAUACAAGUCAGGGUUUUCCACCGUGAAUCCAAAAACUUCGGGUUCAUCAAGUUUCGCGAACAUAACGAUGCCGCGAAAGCGCUCGAGGAGCUGGGUGGAGCCGAGGUGCAUGGCAAACCUAUGAGGCUAAGCAAAGCCGCCGCAAGAUAGGAUUUGUGAGCCACGGGUGGGUCUCCUCCAAUGGCACUUCUGCUGGCAUGCAGAUUGGUGCCGGUGUCAAACAUUGCGAAGGAUGUGCGAAUUCGGCUGCCUUCACGGUUGCGCGGAUUUGUUGCCCCAGAUGCCCGCCACCCCGUGGAUUCGCUGCGAAUACAUGGGGGAUAGAAGCAUUAUUUUUUUAGGACUGGGGGGCCAUGGGACAGCAGUAGUGGACUGGGAGGGGCUGCCAUACAGCAGUUGGGUGUCAGGGUUAUGCGGCUCGCCGAUCCGGUCUGGCGAACUACAUACCGUACAAAUGUGGAAUGUAUGUACGUUGUGGCUGUACAAAUGAAUUUCUGUGUGUAUGGUGUGAUGACCAACGUGUGUUGCGGUUGUACCGGCUGUGUAGUUUGUCUCAAGUUCAAACCCUUGGCUUGGCACCCUUGCCCCGCGACCCCUAAGUUGUUAAGUCAGUUUGGUACACCCAUAGAAACGCAGUAGGUGCUGGUGGUUCCGUUUUGUCCACGUUGUGAUUGGAAAGACGAUGGUUUUGCAACACGUUGACCCUCGCACGUCGUGUUCAUCUGGAACGUCUAGAAGAAGCUGUUCUCUUGCUCGUCAAGUCAUCCAUCGCUGCAACGGUGAUUCGGAUUUU